AUGCAGAAUAACACGGAUCAGAGUAAUGUAGACCGGACACCGAGUGGCGGUAUUCAUAAUUUUGAAAUAAACACGCAAAGCCGAGAUAAUAGUUUAAAUGUCGGUAUCGACGUUCUUUCAGACAAUGAAAACAAUGAAGAUUCGAACAGCCAAAGUAUCGACAAUAAUUCAGCUGCUAUAACGGACGACUUACUUAAUAUGGAUGGUCGAGUAACGAGAAGACGAGUAUACGCAGAGAAUAUGUGGGCUGAGCCAUUGCCCGAUUUAAGGGGUCAAUUCAGAAAUUGCAGUUUAACUUUUUAUAGAGAAAAUCCAACGCAUACGUUAAGAUUGCGUGCAUUCGUCCUGAGAGAAGUAAAUGUUUUAAGAACUCUUAUUUCACUUGAUAUGACGCGUAGACCUCCCUUCGCAAGUACUAAUGAUGACGUUUUUACAUCGUUUAUAAUGCGUUUAAUCGUAUUGUAUGAUAUAACAAACACGCGUUUGACAACCAUACUAACUCCUUGUGUUGGAAACUUCGCCGAGCAUUUCCUCCACGAGCUAUAUAACUUUGCGAGUAGUCCAUAUAGAUUGGUUGACUAUGAUCUUAAUGUACGCUACGCUCGUGGUAGAUAUUUCUGUCGAUACUCAAUGCCGUAUUCUGAGUAUUCUGAAUCAAACGACGAAGAUAUAGUUGAGCGACCAAUAUCUGUUACAUCACCAGAUCAUUGGGACGAACCGAACGUAGUGAACACGGAUGACGAAGAUAAUGAAAAUUCCCCUUUUAUUGUUAUAUCGCCGUCGCAUGCACUUGUUCCGUCGGAAGUUAUUGAAAUUAAUUCUGCUUCCGGGGAAUCUGAUGUUCAAAUCAUACACAUUGAUACUGAACCUUCUGCAGAAACAGAAAGGGAUCAGCCGUUCCGGCCCGAUCGUCAACCGAACUGUUCAAGUAUGACACGGCCGAAUGAGAGUCAAACAAAUACUGUAGAGAACGUGAUUAAAGAUAGUUCGUCAGACGAUGGGACAAUCGAAAUUAAUACCCGCGGUACGCAAACUACGGGUACGAAACCGAAAGUUGUUAUGAAUAAGAGGAAAAGAAAAAUCGAAACACCCAAGCUUGAGAAAAGAAAAAAGUAUGGUGUUGAAUUUCGACCUGAGGUUCGACUUGGCAGCGGAACUCGAUCAAGCCCGGAGUCUUCGUUUUCAGACAAUGCCGGCGCAAACUAA